CUGAGGUCCCUCCAUCUGCAUAGCCAGGGCCAGAGGCAGAGACGCCAUGACCCCCACCCUCAUGGCCCUGCUCCUCCUCGGUGAGAUCUCAGGAGGGGAGGGGAUGCCCUAGUCUGGGAGGGACCCGCGUCACAGCCAGGCCCUGGGGUUUCAGAGACCCCAGGCACAGGAGGCUUAUGGGGAGGAGGGGUUCUGCUCAGGAUUCGGGGCCAUCCUCUCACAGGAACUCUCUUCCAGGGCUGAGUGUGGAACCCAGGACCCAAGUGCAGGCAGGGACCCUCCCCACACCCUCCAUCUGGGCUGAGCCAGGCUCUGUGGUCCCUUGGGGUAGCGCUGUGACCAUUUGGUGUCAGGGGACCCUGGAGGCCGCGGAGUUCUAUCUGGAUAAAGAUGGACACUCAGUGCCCUGGGACAGACAACCCGCAGUGGAGCCCAGAGACAAGGCCAAGUUCUCCAUCAUAUACAUGACAGAGCAGUAUGCAGGCCAAUAUCACUGUUACUAUCGGAGCCCCGCUGGCUUGUCAGAGCACAGUGACCCCCUGGAGCUGGUGGUGACAGGAUUCCAUGGCAAACCCACUCUCUCAGCCCUGCCCAACCCCAUGGUGACCUCAGGAGGGAAGGUGACCCUCCAGUGCACCUCAUGGACGGGAUUCCAUAGGUUCGUCCUGAUGAAGGAAGGAGAACCCAGACCCACCUGGACCCUGGACUCCCAGCGACCCACCAGUGGGCAGUUCCAGGCCCUGUUUCUUGUGGGCCCUGUGACCCCCAGCGCCAGGUGGACGUUCAGAUGCUAUGGCUACUUCAGAAACACCCCCCACAUGUGGUCACUCUCCAGUGAUCCCCUGGAGCUCCUGGUCUCAGGAACCUCUGGAGGCCCCAGCCCCCCACCCACAGAUCCCAGCUCAACAGCUGGAGCAGCUGACACCAUCAGCCCAUCACAAAACAAGUCAGACCACAACACUGCGUCCCACCCCAAAGAUUACACAGUAGAGAAUCUCAUCCGCAUGGUCAUGGCUGGCUUGAUCCUGGUUGUCCUCGGGAUUCUGCUAUUUCAGGAUCACUACAGUCAGAGAGGAAUCCAAGAUGCAUCCAGGAGGUAAACUCAAGAGAGAACAAUGCAACGAUCAGAAUGACAGAGUCUGGGAAGCACAUCUUAUGUGCCCAGGAAUUUCUGGAAGAGUAUGUGAGGCAUGUGCUGUGGGAACUGUCAACAUUCCAUGUUGCCCAGACCAGUCCUCAUCCUCUGUGACAUCAUCUCCAACCUCCAAGGACUUAUUCCACAUACCACACGACAUAGUGGUCAAGUAUAUACCUUUUGUCACUAUUUAUUUGACACCCAUAACAUUCCCAGGACUAGUAAUGAUCAGAGAACAGGAUCCAUGUGAAUUUAGCACAUACUUUAGUAUUCAUGCUUGGUGCAUUGUGUGAAAUCUAGUUAACUUUUGUAUAGAUUCUUGGCAGGAUGGAUGGAUUCAGGAUUGAUUAUAAAUGGAAAGACAGACAGAAAAGUUUACCUCCACACAAACAUACACAGCAAUCUGCAAUAAAUUAACUCAGCAUCCUC